AUGGUCGAUGUGAAGGCAAAACCGUUCUCAGACGAGAAACGAUGGGUUGUUAUCUAUCCAACUUAUCUUGACUCCAAAAAGUCGUUACAACAGGGUCGAAAAAUUCCUAAAGAAUUGGGUGUUGAAAAUCCCACUUCUGUUGAAAUCUUCGAUGUUCUUUCAGCGAGCGGCCUGAAUCCCGUACUCGAGCGAGGUAAACUUCAUCCUCGUGAGCAAGACCGGGAACCUGAAAAGCUUGGUCGAGUACGUGUUAUGCUCAAGAAUGAUGAUGGAACGGAACCGCGUUAUAUAAAUAUGUAG